GCUUCACCGUCGGAUAAGGCACAUCGCUAUUCCACCAUAGCGGACUAUCCACUCCCACAUUUUCCUCACUGGCAGCCUCCAGAACCUCGCGGUUGGCACCCAUCUACCCAUUCCGCUUUGACAGUCCUCGCAAAAUGUCCGUGACACCCGGCACACCACCACCGUACGAUGUUGCUUCAGUGAAAACCCGGCACCUGACGCUUUCCCCCUGCGACCUGUUCUUCACGCCAACCCGGUCGAAUGUCGGGGUCAUUGCAAAGAUUACGCUGCAUAAUACCCAUCAUAGCGGCAACGCUGUUGGGUACAAAAUAAAGACGAACGCGCCGGCGAGGUAUUCGGUGAAGAAUGUGAUUGGCGUGUUGCCGCAGGGGGGGAUGUGUGAUGUUCUUGUACGGAGUGAAAGCACGAUUCAGCCGGACGACAGGUUUUUGUUGCAAACGAUCCGUUUAUCGGAAGAAGAGGCGAAACGACUCGAUUCCACCAAGUGGCGAACCCUGGAUCGCGCGCGCAUGACAGACACCUUCAUCGACUGCAAAGUCUCCCCCACCCGCCCUCGCGGCUUCUCCAACUGCUCCUUCUCCUCCACCUCCACCACCUCCGCCGCCCUAGCCCUCUCCUCCUCCCCACAGCAAUACCGCCGACUCUCAUCAUCCACAAGCACCCCGCCAUCAUCACGACCCCAGUCGGGGUCACCAUCAUCAUUACUAUCACAGUCGCAGCAGAAACAAAUACAACAGCCGUUCAGCUCGGCGGCAGCGAUGCGGUUCACGAAAGUGGAUUUGAUCAUGUUUUCGGUGUUGUGCUUACUGCUGGGGGUGGCGAUGCCGUACACGAAAUCGCUGUUUCAGCUGAUCAAGUUCGUGUCGGUCUGAGAUCGGUUGACUUGGAUUGCUGUUGCGAUAGCAGGCUUUGGCAACAAGGACAGGGGUCUUCCUCCUUGUUCGUAAUUAUUUUUUGGUAUUCCCCCCUGCGACUGACGUUGGAGACGAGACUUAAAUGUAGAGACUGUUACUCCCCUGCUUCCUUUUCUAACCGCUUACUGUUACUGGUUAUCUUCGAGUGCGGGACUUGAUGUCUGCUCUGUUGCG